AUGAUUUAUAAUUGCUCAUUUUAUGACGUCACGAUGUUUCAACAUGUAGAGGUUAUUGUCAGGUUACCCACGUGGUCAUUAAAUUUCAUUCUACAAUACAUUUGACAGUUCACACUGACAGAUACUGGAGUGAUUGGUUUUAUUGGAUAUGGGAAGUUUUGAGUUGAACCCAGACCGGUUCGUAUUCUCCAUUGACCCGGAGAAGAGCGAACCGUCUGAUUUCGACAAGGCCCUCGUGACAGCGUGGGACGGCAAAAUGUCGCUCGGCCUCUUUCGCUAUAUUUGGAAAAUCGAGGAGGAGAAGGUCCUCGGCGACAAGUUUGGCUUCGUACUACAGCUGAACCCGCUUCGUUCUGCUAAGCGGAGAAAGCCGGAGCUCAUCGAGAACACGUCUCAGCCCUUCGAUCCGGACAAGUUCAACUUCACGAAGCUCAAACCUGACGAGUUCAUAUUCCAGAUUAAAAACGGAGAUGACAUGUACAAUUAUAUUGCGAUAAACGACAGCCCGAUCGACAAGGCACACUCGCUCCUUUUACCCGAUAUGCACAAAAAGCAGCCACAGGUCGUGACGGGCAACGGACUGCGGUUUUCAAUCGGCGUCAUCUUGUCCAGCUCGGUACCGUUUCUCAGGGUAGGAUUCAACGGGCUGUGUGCCUAUGCAUCGAUCAACCAUCUACAUUUUCACAUUUACUACCUGAACAAGCAGAUGGUGUUAGAAACAGUUCCUGUGAAACAUUUAUCAGGAAAUUGUUACUUCCAAGAUACUUUCCCAUCUAAAGGAUAUGUAUUUCAGAUAAAAUCGCCUCGUGAUAUUGAUAUAAUAAUAGAGGAUGUUGUUAAACUAACAAAUUAUUUAAAUGAGAACAACAUUGCACACAAUUUGAUCAUGACGAGGGGCACGAGUUUUGAAAGGAAUGAUUCAACGGUGUACGACUGCGUUAGGAUUUAUGUAUGGCCCAGAACGUCUGCAUCUGGAUGCAAAGACAUCAGUACUCAGAAUUUUGCUCUGUGCGAGCUCUUCGGCCAUUUCCCACUCAAUGAUAAAAAGUUGUUCGACGAGUCGACCGAGGAGGAGCUCGCGGAUAUGCUUUGGCAACUCACAGACGGGGUUUUCGAGUCGACAAGAACAGCAGUUAAAAAUUUAUACAAACAAUAAAACUUUUCACCUUUUCCUAAACAAA